CUCCUGAGUCCUAGUCUCAGAACCUCCGGAGGGGUUGAGGCCGGGUUCUCUGGAUAUAUCUUCCAUAAAUUGAUGGUCUCGGAUGUAGGGGGCAGGUCCAGUCUACACCCAUACCGUGUGCUGGCGCGGCCGCGUGCUCGUGGGGGCGGGAGCGCGUGUGGCAUAUAACAGGUCAUGUGGCAACCUCCUAGGGACACGCGUGGGGUCUGGAGCGGGACACGCGUGUGCAGCUGGGUCCCGCGUGCGGCUCAGGGAGUGGUGGACGAGAAGGACGUGGACACGAUUGGGGUGGGGCAUGUGAGGGUCUGAAGAACAGACCAGAGGUUCCAUACGUCCUCCCCCUCUUCAGGGGCGGGUCUCAGGUUGGCGGGAGAGCCCAGUGGGGACCUAGUGUCGAGAAGGGGGGGCAGCCUCUGGGGCUCAGGGCCCGGGGAGAGGCCGGGGGGGGGGUGGUGGGUGGGUUGGGGGAUUAGCUCUGAGCCGCGCGUAGGGGGGAGAAGGAGGGACUGAGAGGCGGGCGGGCCUGGAGCAAGCGGGAGCAAGCGGGAGCCGCGCUGCCUUCACAGCUGAGCUGGGCCCAGCCUCUCCGCUGCCUCUUCUCGGCCCCAGCUCCAGGCAAGCAGCGGCCUGUCUGAAGAGCAUGCUGCCCGCUCACUCCCCACCUGGCCUGGCCAUCCCUGCCCCCCCAGCCUGACCCCCGGCCCCAGCAUGGCCCAGGGUGCCAUGCGCUUCUGCUCGGAAGGCGACUGUGCCAUCUCCCCACCACGAUGCCCACGCCGCUGGCUCCCCGAAGGCCCAGUGCCCCAGAGCCCCCCAGCCAGCAUGUAUGGCAGCACAGGCUCCUUACUCCGGCGAGUGGCAGGUCCAGGUCCCCGAAGUCGGGAGCUUGGACGUGUGACAGCACCCUGUACACCUCUGCGUGGCCCCCCUUCACCCCGCAUUGCUCCCUCACCUUGGGCACCCUCUUCACCCACUGGGCAGCCCCCACCAGAGGCCCAGAGCUCUGUGGUCAUAUUCCGCUUUGUGGAGAAGGCCAGUGUGAGGCCACUGAAUGGGCUGCCUGCUCCUGGAGGCUUGAGUCGGAGCUGGGACCUGGGUGGGGUCUCUCCUCCCAGGCCCACUCCAGCCCUCAGGCCUGGCUCCCAUCAAAAGUUGAGGCUAGAAGCAUCCACAUCAGACCCGCUUCCAGCUGGAGGAGGCUCAGCUCGGCCUGGGAGCCAGGGCCUUUUACAGGGGCCACCAACUCAACCCCAGGUUGGAGCAGAUGGUCUUUACUCCUCUCUCCCCAAUGGGCUGGGGGGACCCUCUGAGCACCUGGCCACAUUAUUCCGAGGACCUGCUGACACUGGACUCCUGAACCAGGGGGACAUCUGGUCCUCACCACGAGAAGUCUCCUCUCAUGCCCAGAGAAUCGCUCGAGCCAAAUGGGAAUUCUUCUAUGGCUCUUUGGAUCCCCCCAGCUCAGGUGCUAAGCCCCCAGAGCAGGCCCCCCCAUCUCCACCUGGGGUGGGCUCAGGGCAGGGCUCUGGGGUGGCUGUGGGGCGAGCAGCCAAGUACUCCGAGACGGACCUGGACACAGUGCCCCUGAGGUGCUACCGCGAGACCGACAUCGAUGAGGUGCUGACUGAGCGGGAAGAGGCUGACUCGGCCAUCGAGAGUCAGCCCAGCUCUGAGGGCCUGCCUGGCACUGCCCGCCCACCUGUCCCACGUCCUGGCCCAUGCCUUGGCCCUCACCCCAGCCUGGGCAGUGGCAAUGAGGACGAGGAUGAGGCAGGUGGGGAAGAGGAUGUGGACGACGAAGUGUUUGAGGCCUCAGAAGGGGCCCGGCCAGGUACCCGAAUGCCUCACUCCGGGCCUCUCAAGUCACCUCUGCCCUUUCUACCUGGGACCAGCCCCUCGGCUGAUGGGCCUGACUCUUUCAGUUGUGUGUUUGAAGCCAUCUUGGAGUCACACCGGGCCAAGGGCACCUCCUACACCAGCCUCGCCUCGCUGGAGGCCCUGGCCUCACCUGGCCCGACCCAGAGCCCCUUUUUCACCUUCGAGCUGCCUCCCCAACCCCCUGCCCCAAGGCCUGAUCCGCCUGCUCCUGCCCCACUUGCUCCUCUGGAACCGGAUUCUGGUACCAGCUCUGCUGCUGAUGGGCCUUGGACACAGAGAGGGGAGGAAGAGGAGGCAGAGGCUGGAGCCAAGCAGGCCCCAGGGAGGGAUCCCCCUAGUCCUUGCCACUCAGAAGACAGCUUCGGACUGGGGGCAGCACCCCUGGGCAGUGAACCACCCCUGAACCAACUGGUGUCUGAUUCGGACUCAGAGCUGGACAGCACAGAGCGGCUGGCCCUGGGAAGCACUGACACCUUGUCCAAUGGGCAGAAAGCAGACCUGGAGGCUGCACAGCGCCUCGCUAAGAGGCUGUACCGACUAGAUGGCUUCAGGAAGGCGGAUGUGGCCCGGCAUCUGGGCAAGAACAAUGACUUCAGCAAACUUGUGGCUGGCGAGUACCUGAAGUUUUUUGUCUUCACGGGCAUGACUCUGGACCAAGCUCUCAGGGUGUUUCUCAAGGAGCUGGCCUUAAUGGGUGAGACCCAGGAACGGGAGCGUGUGCUGGCCCACUUCUCCCAGAGAUACUUCCAGUGUAAUCCUGGAGCCCUGUCCUCAGAGGACGGUGCGCACACGCUGACCUGCGCCCUCAUGCUACUCAAUACGGAUCUCCACGGCCACAACAUCGGGAAACGCAUGACCUGCGGAGACUUCAUCGGUAACUUGGAAGGCCUCAACGAAGGCGGCGACUUCCCCAGAGAGCUGCUCAAGGCCUUGUACAGCUCCAUCAAGAAUGAAAAGUUGCAGUGGGCCAUAGACGAGGAGGAGCUGAGACGGUCUCUGUCUGAGCUGGCCGACCCCAACCCCAAGGUCAUCAAGAGGGUCAGCGGGGGCGGUGGCAGUGGCUCCAGCCCUUUCCUGGACCUGACUCCCGAGCCCGGGGCUGCAGUCUACAAGCACGGCGCCCUGGUGCGCAAGGUGCACGCGGACCCUGACUGCAGGAAGAGUACGUGGCCAGCACCUCGGGGCAAGCGCGGCUGGAAGAACUUCCACGGGAUCCUCAAGGGCAUGAUCCUCUAUCUGCAGAAGGAGGAGUACCAGCCUGGGAAAGCGCUGUCGGAGGCAGAGCUUAAGAACGCCAUCAGCAUCCACCACGCGCUGGCCACGCGGGCCAGUGACUACAGCAAGAGGCCGCACGUCUUCUACCUGCGCACUGCUGACUGGCGGGUCUUCCUCUUCCAGGCCCCGAGCCUGGAGCAGAUGCAGUCCUGGAUCACUCGCAUCAACGUGGUGGCUGCCAUGUUCUCCGCACCCCCAUUCCCAGCUGCUGUCAGCUCCCAGAAGAAGUUCAGCCGCCCUCUGCUACCCAGCGCUGCCACCCGCCUCUCCCAGGAGGAGCAAGUGCGGACCCACGAGGCCAAGCUGAAGGCCAUGGCAAGUGAGUUGCGGGAGCACCGGGCCACGCAACUGGCCAAGAAGGCCCGGGGCAAGGAGGCUGAAGAGCAGCGGCAGAAGGAGGCGUAUCUGGAGUUUGAGAAAUCCCGCUACGGCACGUACGCAGCGCUGCUUCGGGUCAAGCUGAAGGCGGGCAGCGAGGAGCUGGAUGCGGUGGAGGCAGCAGUGGCCCAGGCCAGUGGCACGGAGGAUGGACUACCCCCUCCUCACUCCAGUCCCUCCCUGCCGGCCAACACCUCCAGCCAGCCCCGGGCUCAGUGUCCCGACUCAGAGGCUAGGGCAGGGGCAGGCAGUGGGCGGUGGAAGCCCUGAGCUGGGGGGUGGGAGUGGGGGGGCGGUGCCCACCGGGCACCUGCAUGACACGGCUCUGCCUAAGCCCGGGCCGGCCUCGGGCCACCUGUGAGGGCCUCUUGGUCCAGGGCCUGACCGCGCCGGACGCGGUGUCCGGGGCAGGGCAGGGCUAGGGCGUGGGCCUCAGGAGCCUUAGGCUAAGGGCCCCUCUGAGACCCCUUUUUUGUGAUAAUGUUUUGCACUUUUUCGUACAGGGGAUGGGGGUGGGAGGGGCCAGGGCCCCUGGACUCUU